GCUACUUCCUUGCCCUUCGCUGCGGAGCUCUUGCGUAAUGCGAGCAUACCGGGGAACCCGGUGAACGUGGCGCUAACGGAUGCAGCCAGCUUUCUCUCCAGGAUCGCGAAUGCCUCCUUGGAGGAGAUUGAGACAGAGAUCAUCCCUGGUCUGCAGAAUGCAACCUUCCUGGACUGCAGUGACGAGGCUAUCAGGAGCUUCGGGGACCUCAUCGCCCUCACCCAUGAGCGAUGUCCGUUCUACCGGACGGUGGUGCGGGACUUUGCUGGAGGACGCCUUGAGCAAGCUGCGCGAGACGGCGUCGAUAGCUUUCGCACCUUCGACUUCAAUGCCCUGGACGCCCAGCUCCGCCAGGCAGCCACGGACAUCCCGACGACGCGGGAGCUGCUGGAAACACCUACCCAGAUUCUGGUGCGUUUGCAGAUGGACUUUGGCUACCAGCAGCAAGUCUACGCUAGGUCUGCGGCCGGCGAGGGCUGCUUGCUGCUUUCCAGCAACGAACU